UAAAAAUAAUCAACGAGGAAUUCAAGGUGGAAAUGCAUACUGUAUUCAGUUACCACCUGAUUCAUCAGAUAUUCCUGGACCUGUUAGCGAUUUUACCAAAUAUAUUUUCAAACGUCCACUAGGUGCUUUUGAUAAUUUCUAUUUGCAACCAAGCCCAAAUUGGCAUGAUACUAAUAUUUGGUAUCUUAAAACUCAUUGUAGUUUAAAUCGAGUUGGAAAUUUUAUGAAAGAUAUAAGGCAAAAAGUUAAAGUAAAACUUCUGGAUGGUAUCUUAACAAAUCAUUCAGGAAGAAAAACUGCAGCCCAAAUACUUCAGGAUGCUGAUAUACUAGAGGAUGCCAUUAUGAAUAUUACAGGACACAGAAGUUCACAAGGAUUACGUGUAUAUAAAACUGUUAAUAAAAGUCAAAAAGUCAAUACAAUGAAAACUUUAAUCAAUACUAUAGAACCGGCAUUAAAUACAAAUAUAAUAAGCCAAGAAUCACCUACA